AUGUCGUAUCUUAAUCAUGUCCAGCAGGCACAUAAUAAACGAAAAGAAGACUAUAAUAGUUUAGAUACAUCACAGAUAAAACCGCACUCAGUUUUACCGUUUCAGCCUCCAGUUCAUCAGCCAUCAUCCACGUCUUUGGCAGAGUCUACAUUGGAUUCAAAAUCUACCUUCACUUCAAAGGCACGAACUCAAUACAGAACAAAGAAGCAGAAAGGCUCUGGUGAAUAUGCCAGUCAAAAACAAUUAUCUGUUAAUAAUACAACACCUGCGAUCGUGCUCGAACGAAUUUUGGGACUGACUGUUACUCGGCCAGCUGGACUUGCUAUUAAUCCCCAACGAGGUCUUGCUGCGUUUACCUCUGGUGCUACCGCUGUGCUUUAUCAUAUUCAAAAACAACGACAAGUUUCAUUUAUUCAUAUCUCUACAGGAAAUAAUCUAGUCUCCGAUCUAGCCGCCUCAUUACUCCGACCAUCUGCUGCGCCAAUUGCGUUACGACCAAUCACCAGUCUUGUAUUUGAUACAUCCGGUCAAUAUCUUGCGCUUGGAGAAACUGGACAUCAUCCUCGCGUUGCAGUAUGGGAUUGUGAUGCACAGGUGAUACUUGCCGAGUUAUAUGGACACAAGUAUGGAAUCUCCUCGCUUUGCUUCUCUCCAGACUCGUCAUUUAUAGUUUCUGUAGGACACCAACACGAUGGGUUUAUUUACUUAUGGGACUGGCGUCUAAAUCAGCAUUUAGCUGGUGCUCGAAUCGCUUCAAAGAUUAAUAGCGUUUCAUUUGACCCGCUAGGAAAAUUCUUUUUGACUGUAGGUCAGAACCAUGCAAAGUUUUGGAUGCUUGACAAGAUUUUACCACAAACAAAGCUCGCUUCCAAUAGGAGUGGAAGUGGUGUAAAACAGGGAUAUCACAUAUUAGAAGGUUGUAAUGCAUUUCUUGGAGACCAUGUGAACUCUGAGUUUGUGGAAGUUUCUAGUUGGAAAGCGUUUUCAUCUGCGUUGCCCGGCUCAGAUGAUUCAUACGUCUACGCAAUCACAAAAUCUGGGAUUCUUUGUCACUUUAGCACCUCGCGUUACUUGGACAAAUGGGUCGAUGUUAAAAUGGAUUAUGCUACCUCGCUAGAUAUUUCGGCACGCCAUAUCGCCUGUGGUGGUGCCAACGGUUGCAUUCGAAUGUUUGAGCCAUCAACUCUCAGAUACAUAUCGACACUUCCAGGACCACAUAGUCACAUGACGCAAGUAAGCAACACUUGUAGCGCGUCAAACUUGCCACUGUAUCCAGACAUUGUUUCAUUACGCCUGAUCUCAAACCAUCUUGAAGAGGACUGCCUUGUUGUAAUAUACAGCGACAAUAGUCUUGUAAUUUGGGAUGUUUCAGAACCACAGCAGUCAAAAAAGCGUCGCACUAUGAUGUUCCAUAGCAGCUGCGUGUGGGGAGUUGAACCGAUCCCGUACAAACAAUUUGGCGAUGCUACUUUUGGCUCUUGCUCUUCUGAUGGUACCAUACGUAUUUGGUCAAUGGAUGACAUUGAUGCACCCAACUCGUAUCACAACAUUUCAGCAGAGGUGCUACAUAUUCUCUAUGCAGAUGAGCAUGCUUAUCGACAAAGUGUCACUCGAAAUGAUAUGGGUGCUGUUGAUAGUGCAAGUUUAAACGAUAAACAAGAAAAACUGGGUAUUAGAUGCCUCAAAUUUAGUCCUGAUGGUAGCCAACUUGCUGCCGGUGACAGAAAUGGUAUAAUUAGAGUGUAUGAAUUUCCACAGAUUCGCGAGAUUGUCUCGCUACAAGCACAUAAUGCAGAAGUGAUUUCACUCGACUUUUCUCCAUCAGGUCCUAAUCUACCAAUGAUGCUGGCAUCCGCAAGUCGUGAUCGACUUAUUCACCUAUUUGACGCAUCGUCACUUUCUCAUGAUGGACCAUUCGAUCUGGUUCAAACAUUUAACGAUCAUACAUCAACAAUCACUGGACUGAAAUUCAGCCAUAAUGGCCAACGACUUGUUAGUUGUUCUGCCGACAAAUCAGUUAUUUUCAGAAAACUGGAUCCGCCCAAUCCAGAUACAGCGUAUGAUGUGCCACACUAUACAUGCUACAGUAACGUACCUAUUCGAUCAACAGUAUACGAUAUGGCUAUUGAGCGGUCAAAUAAAGCAACAGUGAUCAUCACGCAAGAUCGGCGUCUAGUGUUCAUGAAUACAGAAACGGGCAAGGUGACACACACACGCAAACCAACUUUAGAUGCUAGUAGCAGUGAUUUGCCACAUAGCUCUGCGUCGGCCUUUUCCAGUAAUAUCUCGUCUACUUUGUUUAUUAACAAGGUUGCUAUAGAUCCCAGUGGACUGUUCCUUGCGACGGCAUCUUCUGACAAAUGCAUUCGUAUUUUUGAUUUUCUUACCGGUGCAUGUCUUGGUCGAGCUGUUGGGCAUGGAGAUCUCAUUACAAGUCUGACAUUUAUCGAUGGCGGUAGACGAGUUGUUUCUGCUAGUUCGGACGGGUGCAUAUUUGUGUGGUAUAUUUGUGAGGCAAUUCGCCACCGUAUGGCCAGAGGACAACUUAUAUCACCAGUAAGCAGCCCUCAGCACGCAACAACUUUAAUCUCGUCCACAGCCUCAUCACCUGUGUCGUUCACUACAACGCAUGCUGGGACAGAGUAUUUUCAAAGUAACAUCUCUACACCAGUCUCAUUUAACACUACAGAUACAAACGCGGCUUUAUCAGUUUUGUCUUUAAAAUCUAGUGGAGAAUACAAUCUGGCUUUCAAAGAUAAGUUGGAACACAAGUUUGACGGUAGUGCACCAUCUGGAGUAUUUGCUUUUGAAUUCGACGAAAGCGAUCUUCCAGUUUGGGCUAGAUCAUCCAAAGAAUCCAUGAAUGAGGAUUUGAUUGCGAGUCGAUCUAUUACCGAUCGAGUGCAGAUUUCCAUCAAAGGACCAUGGGCAAAUAGACUCGAUGGAAACGCAAUUACUCUUUAUACAGAGAUGCCGGUCUUGGAACCAAUUGUUGCUGCAACAGAUAGUUUUUCGUUGAGAAGACGAUACUCGAUUGAAAGUCGAUCAUCUCCUAUAAAAGAAUCUAACCAGUCAACAUUUUAUAAUUCCCCAUCAGUCAAGGCUGGGCAUAUUUCAGCACAACCCAGCGCAGCAUUAUCUCUUGCUGAGAGCUCUCCUACUUCUUUAACCAACCCAUCUGUAGAUCCCGUGAAUAUCACCGCAGAUAUUGCACUGGGAAAUAACGAUCCAGAAAAAGAUAUAGAUACAAAGGCCAUAUCCAAAAAUAUCCUUGUAUCGGUCAUGUCAGGAGUGCAUAUUGUUUCUAAGCCUGACAAUACUAUCAGUGAUUUUGCUGAAAGUGAUCAAAUAGACAAGGAUACUACAGCUGACGUAGCUUUACACGAUGAACUAAUUAAGCCCAGCACAUUUUUUGAGCGUGGUUUGUUUAAGCAAGAGUUGGACAACUUGACAUUUGAAGAGUAUAUGUCGGAUAAAGGUCGCUUGGGUCGGUCUGAAUCUCGUAUGAGCAUCUCUUCUCAGUUUUUUCUCAAUCAUAGUUCCCAAUGUAUUGGAAAGCCCGAUCAUGUACGCCAAAUAUCUCAAGGCACUUCAGCAAACUCAUCUCCAAUUGCAUACACUGAGCCAGUUACAUUGCAAAGCGUUACUUCCACUGCUAAUGCUGCACACACACAAUGGGAUGUAAGUAAAAGUCCUUUGAUCGCGUCACAGUUUACUUUUAGUAAACCAAAUGCAUCUCUGGAAUUGCCACAACCUGAGCUGUCCGAUAUCACUGGCAUGACCAAUGAUCUAAGAAUAUCUGACCACGAGCCAGAGCAGCUUGAGAAAACCUCGGAAGUGGUUUUUCAUGCUAGCAAUGCAUCCAUCACCAAGCCUUGUAAAACUUUGGCUGAAACCCCUACUCUAACUGGUUCAACUUUGCUCACAAGCAAUACGGAUGAUGUAAUAUUAGCCGAGGUCUCUCUAUUUAAGCGACUUGCAGACAAGUUUGCUGAACAAUUAUUGAAUACGAGUGGCACAACUUCCAACUCUACUUUGAGAAGCAUACAAGAUGCUAUGCAGUACGUCAACUCCAUAUCUACACAUGCUAUUAGUGCCCAGGCAAAGCCUGACAUCACCAAAGACGCGUCUAUCAAGGCUAUGCUAGAGGCAUAUUCGGGUAUCUUGGUAGAUGCAGUUAAAAGCAAAUUGGAAAAUGUAUAAAUCGUCAACAAAAGUUUAAUAAAUUGAAUUAGAUG